AUGCAAUUAUUAGGGACUGUUGGUAAUAUAACCAAUAGAGAAACUAAAGAUGGAGUUCAAUUUAUUAAUUAUUCUUUGGCAGUUAAUCGUUUCAACCCAUCGGGUAAUGAAGAAGAUGGUACUCGUCAAUUAACUGACUGGUUCAACAUUAGUGUAUUCAAUGAAAAACACGUUAAUGCUUUCAACCAAUUUUUAAGACCUGGUACUCAAUUGUUUGUUGAAUGUGAUGUUAGACAAAAUGUUGUUGAUAAUGGAGAAUCAAAACAAACAUUCACUAGCUUAAGACAAAACGCUUAUGAUGUUGUUAGAUUUGCCAGAAAACCAGAAACCGAUGAAGAAAAUGUCGAUGCUUAA